UGUUAAUAUUUAGAAGGUUUCGAUAAGAGAAGGGACAUAGAUAUUCGUUUUAGUUUUUAUCAUUUUGUUUAGAAAGAUUUCUUUUCUAUUUUCCUUUUUAUAGACAAUGCUUAUGCAAGAUGAUGUCUGAUCAGUUUAGAAAGGUAGAACCUUAUUCACCGAAAUCUUCGCCUCGAGGAGCGAGGUCACCAGUGGUUUCUCGUCAAGAUUCUUCUGGUACCCUCAAGACAACCAUCUCGCUUGGCAAGAAUCCUUCUAUUGUGCACAGUGGACCCUUCUAUUUGAUGAAGGAACCACCUGGAGAAUGUGAACUCACGGGAGCUACGAAUUUAAUGGCGUACUAUGGUCUGGAGCAUUCAUACAGUAAAUUUAACGGAAAAAAACUAAAAGAGUCCUUAUCUUCCUUUCUACCCAAUUUACCUGGUAUAGUGGAUGGUCCAGGUCAGGAAGACAAUAGUACCUUGGCCUCUGUGUUAGCUAAAAGACCAAUCGGAGGUAAAGAACUGAUACCUCUGACCAGUUCUCAACUGGCUGGCUUUAGAUUGCACCCUGGACCUCUUCCUGAGCAGUACCGUUACAUCAGUGCAACACCGCCCAAGAGACAUAAAAGCAAGCACAAGAAACACAAACACAAAGAUGGAGCUCCUCCCGGACAAGACACUCCUCUACAAGAUUCAUCUAAUCCCGACACAUAUGAGAAGAAACACAAAAAGCAGAAGCGGCACGACGACGAUAAAGAGAGGAAAAAGAGGAAAAAGGAGAAGAAGCGGAAAAAACAGAAACACAGCCCCGAGCACGGAGGUCUCACACCCAACCAGCAUCCCGUCCCUUAGACGGGUAGCGGUCAUCUGUAGGAUUAAAUACAUAGGAUAUAAGAAUAACUAUUAAGAUUGUUUCACAUGGCUAUCGAUAGCAUUAAAGACAUGCAUGGUCUCAGUGCACUCUGUCUCUACCGAAUAAUGUGAGUUUUUUCUAAAACAAUUUAUGUAUGUCAAUACUCAUUGUCUACCUUUCCUGAUGAACGCGCUCGGCGAGCAUGUAACAGCCUCGCCAUGUCAGUAUCCGAUCUUCGUACCUCAAAUGUCAGCCAAAUGGUGGCCAAAGUGUAGUCUGCUAAUAUAAUUUAACUAACACCAAACUGUGAAGAGAUGUAGGCUUUGAUGUAAUCGAUGGGACUCCCGUUUGAUGUGGAUUGAAGCCGAGUGGACCUUGCGUUUUAAGCAGUUGUAUGAUAAUAGGAACAACGAAGGAGUCCACAGAAAAGUCAUAUCGGACAGUCUUCUGACUUAUUGUAAUGUAAAUUGAGUUAGAUAUUGUAUACACAUGUAAGGACUUGUCCGAGCGUGUGCGGACCAAGCCAUGCCAUCGCUGAGUAUGUCCAGCUGGUCUCCCGUACUCUGGAGGUGUGUUCCGCUGAAUGUACUGACCUCGAGACCAAUCUCCUAACGCUAGGUGUAUUAUUUAAUUGUUACAUAAUAUUAUUGUGGUCUGAAAUGUUACUUUUUUUUACGAACUAAGUCUAAUUUAAACUUCCAAUGUUAUUGAAUAGUGAAUUACUUAAAAAUAGUGUUAUUUAUUUGCUUAUUCAGCAUGUAAAUAUUAACGUAACGGAUCUUAGUCAACCAAAUUUUUGAUUUUUCUUUAGGAAACUUAACUUUAAAAUGCGAAAGAUUUAAGUUUGUUUGAGUUACUCAUUCUGACUCUCCAGCUCAAUGAAGAAACUGUAAAUAACGUUAGAUUUCAUAUUGUCCCGUAAUUUUUAUGAAACGAGUGUGAACCAGAAAAAUGUCUUCGUAAAAAUUUAUUCGAAAGGAACAUUAAGCGUACAGUUUGUUUGUAUCGAAACAAAUUAAACAUUUUUUAAACAA